AUGUCUGCUCAGGUAGGAGAAGCACGGUGUCGAGAUGCUGGGGGAAACCAGGGUGGGCAGAAAUCCCAGCUGCUGAAGAGGAGCAGGCCAGGGGGGCUGCGGUGCCCUCGCGGGCAACUCCUGUGCUCGCUUCAUGUCCUCGCCUUACCCGGCCAGCGCUACCAGAGCCUGCCCACCACCUUCCUGGAUGACCAGGAUGCCAGCACCCGGUAUGCCAAAGCCAGCACCAGCCGGGCACCUUCCCAGUCGGUCUCCCCAGAGCAGGAAGGCUUCUUUAACCUGCUGACCCACGUGCAGGGCGGGCGCAUGGACGAGCAGCGCUGCAACAUCCAGAUCGUGCAUGGCAAGAGCGGUGCUGACCCGGAGAAGCAGGACAGCCCCAGCCCCCCGCCGGAGAUGGACAGUUUCCUGGAUAUGCUGGCACACACGCAGAGCCGGCGGAUGGACGACCAGCGCGUCAGCUUCAACUACCUUCCAGGCUUCCAGAACACAGACCGCAAUGCCCCCAGCAAGCCAGCCUCCGGGCCCACCAAGGAGGGCGAGGAGCUGACCCUUCCGGAAGCCACCCCUGUCAUGGUGUCCCCAGAUGCGCCCAUCGUCCCCACUGAUGAUUACUUCUCCCUGAUCAAUCGCAUCCAGGAGUGCCAGUUGGACAGCACCAGCACCAAACCCAAGAGCCCCCCACCCAGUGCUAGCCAAACCUAGCUGUCAGGACCCCAGCUCCCCCAGACCCAGUGCAUGGCACCCCUCAAUCUCUCCCAGACCCCACCUCCCCAGACCUAGUGUCCAGAACCCCCCCAACCUUCACUGGUCCCAGUAUCUGGGACUCCCCAACCUCUGCCAGACCCCACCUCCCCAGACCUAGUGUCCAGGACCCCCUGACCUUCACCAGACCCAGUGUCUGGGAACCCCCAACAUCUUCCAGACCCCAUCUCCCCAGACCUAGUGCCCAGGACCCCCCAGCUCCUCCAGACCCAGCAUCUGGGACCCCGCAAAACCAUCCAAACCCCACAUCCAAGCCACCCCAAACCUAGCCCCCCUCCCACUAGACAACCACCCUAGACACAGCAUUCCCAGCCCCCUGAACUCCUCCAACCCCACCAGAUUUAGCACCCACUCCCAACUCUCCCCACACCCAGUGCUCUGACAACCUCCAACCCUACUCACACAAAGUCCCCAUGACACCCUCACUAAUCUCUGGACCUUGUGCCCAAGACCCUCCUGCCCCCAUCCCACCAAGAUCCAGCUCCCAGGACCCCCUCAAACCAGCACCUCAACCACUCUCCUAAACCCACUCAGACCCGGCAUCCAGGAUGCCCCCCAAGGCCCCAACUCCUCACCAUAUCCAGCAUCUCAACCACACCUAGUACAUCUCCUGAACCCAGCACCCCCACCCAACCCUAUCCAGGCACCCCGACAGCUGCCUGCCCCCAAUCCCACCCAGACUAAGCACCUGGGACACCUCCCCUCACCCUACUCAGAAUCAGCAGCCCAGGGGGAAGGGAGCACCCCUCCAACCCCCCUACACCUAGCACCCUGGGUCACCCCUCCACAUGAGAACUGAGCAGAUCUAGUGCAGGUCUCUGCUCUCCUCAGGCCAAGUGCCCCAACACCCCCAAACUUGCCCAGAUCUACUGUCCCAGAGCCCCUCACUCUGAACCCUAGCCAGGGCACACUUACACCCACAGCCCCUGGGACAGGAUCUCCUGUGACCACUGGGUCACUGGAAAGGACAGACAGCCAGGGUAUGAAUAUAAGAGGCUACAAGGUAGGACUCCCCCCACCCUCAAUAUUUGGAGCAGGGACUGUGGGAAUGGGGCAGCUGCCAUGGGGGGGUGGGGCCAGUCUGUUCCAUCCCUGCCCCACUACCAGCAGGGACCAGGGAGGCACUUGGCUUCAUCACUUGACCCUGCCCCCCAAUCCACAUUCCCUGCAUCUGGAGGCAGAAGGGGUCCAGUGAGUGCAAGGGGUGCUCUUCCCCCCGGGGUCCCUAGCCUUUCUGAGUGCGGCCUGUCCCUCCCAGGCUCAUGUGGGACUAGAGAACCCCCCCAUUCCCAGCUCCCCUCCCCAUCAGGUUGCACAUAUUCCCUUCCCCUGCCCCACUCAUAUAGGGAUAGGACCAGGGGCUGAGUGAUUUCAGGGGAUCUUCCACACAGGGACCAAGGUUGCAGGUCCCCUGCACCCCCACCCCUUUGCUGUUUGUGCCCCUGUUCUUUGUGUGUGAUCCCCCCUCCCAGCAUGCAGCUGCAAUAA